AUGGCACGACGUCCAGGGAUGGGGCCGAAGCGCCACUCCAAAGCCACAGCUUCGGCAUUCAUCCUGGCCGCGGGUCUCGUGCUCACGUCGGGCCGCACCUGGGUCCCGGGCUUCGGAGUGCGCGAGCUGGGCCAGGGCCACAUGUGCUCGCAAGGACUCUGGCUCGACAGCUACUGCGCCCAUGGCAUGCGAUCGACGGAGCCCGAUCUUCUUGCGCAGAUCACUGCCAUGGGCCCACCGCCCUGGGCCUUUCUCCCGCCUUGGGUCCAAAUCCUGGCGCCGUUCGUGAUCAUCAUUGUCCUUGGCGCUGUGAUGCCGAUCUUUUUCGGCCGGGCGCCCUUCGGUGCGCCCCGCGGUGCAGAUCUCUCGGAGUGGCUGAAGCAACGAUCCAUCGAGGUGGAGGUGACAAAGAGCGACCGCCAGCGACCAGAUCCUUGA